GCAGACGUCUCGCACAGUGCCAAAGAGUCGAGUGGUCAGGUCGGGAAGAGGACAGCCCCAGCCUGCGGGAACCCGUGCUUUCGCCGUGAAAAUUAAUCGCACUCCCGAUUAGCAGUCGCCCGGAACCCACUGACUGGCGCGCCAGGAGCCAUUAUGCUGGCCACAAAGUUCAGGAGUCAGCGGGGACGAUGACAUGUGGGCUUCUCACACUCCGAGUCGCGAAAAUAUAUGCACAGCCACAAGUAUACAUACAGACGGAGCGAGGCAAGGCUGCUUUUAGGUCACACAAAAGGCUCUCGCAGCAGCGCGAGCAGCUCUAGCGCCAACAGGAGCGGCCAGGAAGCUCCAAGAACGAACCAACAAACCCCACAUUAAUGAGAUCCGCUUGGGGACAAAGGAACUGAGGAGCAGCCGCGAUGCCGUCUCGUCGGUCCGGUGGCGGGGGCACCACCAAGAGGAAGCACUCGCUGGGGAACCUGCGACGCGCCCAUCCUGCCUCCGGGGCCACGUGGAACGUGCAGGUGGUGCGGGGCAAGAUGUCCUCGAAGUGCCUGUGGCACGCCUGCCGGGCGCUGAUCCUGGGCCUCACCCUGAUGCUCCUGGGUGCCGGAAUGGCCACCUUGGGCUACUACGCGGAUCACCUCUCGAUGGGAUCGGAGCUGCGGGGGAAUGUCACCGUGCGGGUGAAGAACGACCUGAAGGGCUUCCACCUGAACAACUUCGCCUACGUGGGCCCCAUUGUCAUGGGGUUCGGUGGGUUCAUAGUGGUGGCCUCCUGCGUGAUGACCUUCGAGGCCCGCGACUCCGCCGCCAAGGUGGUUCCAGCCCGAUUGAGAGCAGGAGGAGGGGGCAGCAGCAAGAAUCCCUCGAGGAGCAAUCAGGGCAGCUCCGCCUCUCAACGGAGAGGGAUGGGUGCCCAGUACCAGUCGAGCCGCUGGGACCAGCACUUCGGGGUGUUCCGCUCCUCGCCGGGCGAUCCCCACCAGCAGCCGCAGACCGCCUGCAUCUCGGCCACUCACGCGCAUCCGCACGCUCAUCAGCAGCAGCCCUUCGACCGCGAGGCACUCACCGCCGAGCUGGUCAAGUUCUCCAGGUCACUCAGUGCAUCCAAUCGCUUCUGUCCCCAGUGGCGCCGCCUCUCGGGGGCUGGCUCCGCUCCGGAUUUGUCCGGACCUCAUGCUCAUGCCAACACCACCUCCACCUGCACCACCAACACCUCAGACCACCAAAAUCCAAGCACCUCAGCCACCACUAAUUUCUACAAUUUGCUCUCACCGAACCGCCUGUCGCCGCUGGAAUGGGAACUGCAUUGCUCGCACCGCCGGCAUCGUCGUCACCACCACCGCCACUCGCACCACCACCACAAAUCCUCGAGCAGCAGUGUGCGGCGGGUGCGUCAGGUGCGCCCGGGGCCGGGCUCGAACCCCGGCGGAGGGGGUGGAGGAGCCGGCUCCUCCUCGUCGGCCCGGAUCAUCAGCAACUCCUCCAGCCUGAUCCAGCGGGCCACCAGGGAGUGCUCCCUGCUGCAGCCGCCGGCUGCGGGCCGGGUCUACUGGCAGGCCUCCUCCUUCGACAGCGGCAGCAAUCCCCCGCCCGGUCUGGGCAUCUCCUCCGGCGCCGAGAAGCGCAGCGAGCGGAACAAGAGCUCCGACACCGCCAAGAGGCACGUCCUCGCCCGGCAGCGACCCAUCGAGCAGGAGGAGGCACGCGAUCACAGUCGCAGUCCACUGGGGCACAGGCGGAACUCCACAAUGUCGGACUCCUCGUAUAGCGGCCGCUGGACGGCGCGCUGUGCGUCCAUCGCCAGUCGAACUUCCAGCAUCGAGUCUCGGCGUGUUCAAGUGGAUCUCCAUAGUCCCGAGGUGAUGCCCAAGUCGAUCCUCAGAUCGCCCAAGCGCUACAGCUCCGGGCCGUCGGCCACGCCCUCCGUGGAGAAGGAGUUUCGAAGCCAGUUAUCCGUGUGCUCGGAGCCACCGCCGCCGGUGCGUCAGCUGUCGGGGCAGUCGAGCAUGGAGCCGGCGGUGCCCGAAGAGAGCCUGGAUCAGUCGGAGGAGCAGGAGGCCAGCUCGCAGCCCAAGACGUCCUACGAGGAGAUCACCGAGCUGCAGCACCACACGAGCAGUCUGCCGCCGAAGAAGGCGCGCCCUGGGUUCCUGCCCCUCGCCCGCAGCGAGCAGGAGGAGGACCAGAGGCCAGUGGUGGUGGCCAACCCGCUCUACAGGAGCAACAGUUCCCGCCAGUUCUACAGACCCAAGAAGGGGGUGCCGAACGAGCGGGAUGACUCGGUGUUCUACAUACGAUCCAUGGAGCGCGGACUGGCCGGGAACGGGGGAAGCGGCAGCGCGGAUGAGCAGAUGUACGACUCCCUGAGGGUCAUUAACGAGAGGAGAACCACCUUGCUCAAGGCCGACUCCCAGAGCUCGCUGGGAUCGGCGGAGCGCAAGCUGAGCAGCUUCUCCCUGAAGAUGCCGGAGAUCACGGAACGCGAGAACUCCAUCGAGAUCGAAAUGGACGCGGAUGAGCCGCAUGCCAGUCCGCCGACUGCCCCCCCACCGCCGCCGCCUCCUCCUCCGGUUAAUCCACCUUCGGCCGAAACUAUCCAGGCUCAAGAUCCCUAGGAGCGCAUGGAUCGACCCACUUCGCAGCGUUAACCAGCAGCCAUCGACAAUUACUUUAGCAACUCGAUUGAUGUUUGUAUAUGUAUUUUUGUGCGUGUGCGUGUCGUUUAUUUUUAUAGCCCCUAGAUCGUACCUAGAUAAGUGUUAUAUACCACACAUAUGUAUGAUACCAGCAAUUAUCUCCGUGUUGCCUCUGGCAUAAGCAAUCAACUAACGAAUCUUCAACGAUGUCUAUUACUGGAUUAACUGAUGUUAUUAACAAAAGCCCGCAGUUGCGAUAGAAACAAAGGGGAUUUGGGUGUCUAAAACUAUGCAACGAAAGCAAUCACAGCAUACUUUUGGACAUGCCUUUAAAUUGUUAGGUAUCUCCUUUGCGCUCUAUGAUUCCCAACUGGUUCUAGAUGGUAACGGGUUCAUUGGUUAAUAAGUUAUUCAUUUUUAUAUAACCAAACCCCUAUACUUAUUUGAUCGCAGCUGUUGGCACUAGUCUUCCUAUUGUUAGAAUUUGAGAUAUAUCACGUUAUUACUGGGCCUACACCUAGGGCCGGAAGGCUCUUACGGACGUACCGUUGUUACAAAUGCUAUUUAUCGGUUACUGUGUUAAUGCUAGUCUCUACGAGGAUGUGUAGUCACAACGAUCUAAACACGAGGGCGAGGCCGACACCCUGUAAAAGUACAAUCAGCUUAUAGUAAAGACUGAUUAGGCAAAUUGUUUUACGAAAUUGGUCAAAGCGAGUGGAAACAUGGCAACGAAAAGCAAUCGGAUCACGGAUUAAGUUCGAUACACAUAAUUAGUUUUACGCUCUCAGUGUUUAUCCCGCAUUGCAAGUACCUAUACGAUUAUAUAUCUGAGUGUUUAUUUGUAAGCCAGGCAAUUACAGCGUUUCUCGUUCCAUAAGUGUUGAUACUCCCCCGAAAGCCCUAAAAUUCAAAAAGAUUGAGAAAGUUUCAGUGGAAGAAAAGGAAACCCGGUAGAGGAGCAAAUUUUGGAAUAAUGUUCAUUGCAUGAUUAAAAUUGCAUAAAUAAAAACAAACAAUGUGUGUCUAAUAUUA